AUGGCCAACACACCUAAAUCUGGAGAAUCAAGCCAUAUUGAUAUGUCAAAACUGAUUUCUGAAAUGUCAAAACUUUCCUCACCUUCAUUCUCAUCCCAUCCUUUGCCCACCUCUUUCAAUAUCUCAUCGUUGUUCCCAGUUCCUAUGGAUCGCACCAACUACUUGAGUUGGAAAUCCCAAUUUGAAGAUGUAUUGGAGAUGCACGGCCUUGCAGCAGUCGUCAAAACCAACACAGACCCACCCAAAGUGCAGGAGGAUGGAUCUAUGCACCCAGAGUUAGCCAAGGAUAAAUUGGUCAUGAGUUGGAUCAAAGUAACUUCCUCCCCUUCCAUCAAGACACUUCUCAUCCCUUGUACCACUGCUCAUCAAGUCUGGACCAUGUUGGCCAAGCGCCUUUCACCUCUUGCUAGUACCCGUGUACGGAUUCUUCGAGACCAAAUUCGCACUCUCAGAAAGGACAACAACACAACAGUGACUGAUUAUCUCAAUUAUGCCAAAUCACUCUUUGAUUCCCUCACACAAGCUGAUGCAACAAUGGAUGAUGAUGAACUCAUCAGUUAUGUUCUGGAUGGACUUGGACUUGAAUACAAAGAGUUAGCCACAACACUUCACCUGCAUCCCGAUAUUGAUUUUGAUCGAUUCUAUGAUCUAGCUCUCAGAGAAGAGCAUCUACAGAAAUGGAUGUCUCUUACCGUGGCUUCAGGAGUUGCUAUGUCAAGUCACAAUCACAAUCCUCAUCACGGAUUUGGAAGAAGACGUGGUCAUGACAGAAAUUGGAAUCAAGGGCGUGGAUCAAGGAGAACAGAGCAUUGGGAGCCAACUCAAGGGGCUUGGUUUCCAGAUAGUCACUCUCAAUCUCGCGACUAA